CAUCGCGACACAACAGUUGGAGUUUAGCCGUUAACCGAUGCAGACGCAUUGUAGUUCAGCGAGAAAUUUUCUUCGCGCGCGCACUCAAUGUACCAAAGUGCUGUGACUGUAUUCCGUGGAAAUGGUGGUGUGUGACCCAAGAGUGAUUCUUCAUUCAACAACCACCACAGGAUACCAUUGGACAUUCAAUGACAAAGUGAAACAACAUAAAUAGCAAGAAGAAAAUUUUUUUUUUCUUCUCCCGUGAUAUCUGCCCCCCUGCGAAGAAACUAUAUCAUACUGUGUGUGCUACUCCCCAUUUGACCACCAAUACUGCCAACAUUUCUUUGGACAGGAGUAGUUGAGAGAAAAAAAGAGCAAUUAAAUAGUGUUUGUGUUGUUGGAAUUUUUUUUUUUUGCUUUUCGUGCCUAAAACCUCCAAGAAGUUUUACUGACUACUUGGCAAUUGUGUUGACCAACAUAAAGAGUGCGCACGGAUGUGAGAUUAAUUAAAUUAGUAGAGGGAGCAAAAAAAAGAGUUUAGGAGGCACAUAAAGUUGCGUCGAAAGUUUUUGGAGUAAUAAAGAAUACAAGAAAAAAAGGAGUUCUUAAGUGCUAUGUGCAUGUGAUUGGUUGGGCAAGAAGAAAAUAAAAAUAUAUCAUAGAGAGACACCGACCAAAUUACAUAUAGUUGUUGUGAACGGGGUAGAAGUGCAGAGAGAGAGAGAGAGAAAAGAGCAAUGCCGGAAGUAUGUAGUUAAAAUAUGUAGCACUCCUAUAAUCUCCAUGUGAGUGGUGUGAAGACCAGUCUGUGAAUUAGUUAUGAAUUGAGACGUAUUCCGUGUGUAUAUAUGCAUCGGAAGUUCCCCAUCGUUGCAUUUGUAAAAUCAACGAAGCAAACGAAGAAUUUAUAAGGACUGUUUAUGUCCACAAUGCCCAGGUAUUUGGCUGUGGCAUGGUUUGUGGUGCUCCUUGGAUAUGCCGCUGAGAUUGGGGCACAGUGCUCGUGGGAGUAUAGGAAUGGUAGUGCAGUAACAUGCACAAUUCGCCGCCUGGAGCGACAGGGUGUGGACCUCGCCGGUGCUGAGGGCACAACACGACUCGAUAUCAGAUGCAAUGAGCAAUUUCUCUUUGAAUCCCAAUUGCCCGUGCGAGCCUUCGGUCGCCUCCAGACACUCACUGAGCUCACAAUGGAGUCGUGUAAGCUCCUGCAGUUGCCAGUGCACGCCUUCGAUGGUCUAUCCAAUCUCAAAAGACUAACAGUGCGAACGAACAACUAUGUGUGGGCACCUGGCAAGACACUCGACAUCCGGCCUGAUGCCUUAGUGGAUCUCAAGGAUCUCCAAUACCUUGAUUUGAGUCACAAUAAUCUCCGACACUUGGCCGAGGGUACCCUGUGUCCCCUCAACAAUUUGCAACACCUCAAUCUCUCUUCCAAUCGCAUACGUUCCGCUGAGAAUUUGGGAUUCGCCCCGGAGUCCCAAUGUAGCGGUGGAGUGGACCUUCAUGUUCUCGAUGCGAGUUACAAUGAACUUCAGGCUAUCCCAGAGGGAUGGGGUGUUUCGCGCCUUAGGCGCCUUCAGCAGCUCUUCCUUCAGCACAACAACAUCACCGAUUUAUCGAGUGAAUGUCUCAUUGGGCUGAGCUCCCUAAAGGUGCUCAAUGUGAGUUUCAACCAUCUGGAAACGCUGCCUGAGGGUGUUUUCGCGGGAUCACGUGAGCUUCGUGAAAUUCACUUGCAGCACAAUGAACUGUAUUCCCUCCCACGGGGUACAUUCCAUCGACUUGAGCAACUCCUCGUAUUGGAUCUCAGUUCGAAUUCCCUGUCUAGUCAUCACAUUGGAAAUGGCACGUUUGCCGGCUUAAUAAGGCUCAUCAUUCUAAAUUUAGCCCAUAACGCCCUCACACGUAUUGAUAGUCGCACAUUCAAGGAGCUCUUCUUCCUGCAAAUACUGAAUUUGCGUAACAAUUCAAUUGGGCACAUUGAGGAGAAUGCAUUUCUGCCACUAUACAAUUUGCACACACUCAAUCUCGCCGAGAACCGUCUGCACACAAUUGACGAUAAGCUAUUCAAUGGUCUCUACGUCUUGUCCAAAUUGACACUCAACAACAAUUUAAUCACCGUGAUCGAAGUGAAUGCAUUCAAGAAUUGCUCCGACCUCAAGGAGUUGGAUCUUAGCUCCAAUCAGUUGCUUGAGGUGCCGGUGGCAUUGCAAAAUUUAUCAAUGCUCCGUACAUUGGAUUUGGGUGAAAAUCAAAUAGCAUCCAUCCACAAUGGUAGCUUCCGGAAUUUGGUGCAACUCACCGGUCUCCGGUUGAUUGACAAUUUAAUUGGGAACAUUACGAGAGGUAUGUUUUGGGAUUUACCACGACUCAGUGUGCUCAAUUUGGCAAAGAAUCGUGUACAGAGCAUUGAACGCGGGGCAUUCGAUAGGAAUGCCGAUUUGGAAGCUAUACGACUCGAUAGGAAUUUCAUCAGCGACAUUAAUGGCAUUUUUGCCACCCUCGCAUCCCUGCUGUGGCUCAAUUUGUCCGAAAAUCACCUCGUAUGGUUUGACUAUGCAUUCAUCCCGAAGAAUCUCAAAUGGUUGGACAUUCAUGCGAAUUACAUUGAAGCAUUGCGGAACUACUACAAACUCCAAGAGGAGAUACGCGUAAAGACACUCGAUGCAAGUCACAAUCGCAUCACGGAAAUUAGUUCAAUGGCCAUACCCAAUAGUAUUGAGUUGCUCUUCAUCAACAACAACCUCAUUGAGACCAUUCAUCCGAAUACAUUUGUGGACAAGACAAAUCUAACAAGGGUGGAUUUGUACGCAAAUGCAUUGGCAACACUGCAGAUGCACAAUAUCCGCUUGGCACCUGUACCCGAUACCCGCCCCCUACCUGAAUUCUAUCUCGGUGGCAAUCCACUAGAGUGCGAUUGCUCAAUGGACUGGCUGUAUCGCAUUAACAACCUCACGACACGCCAGCACCCCAGAAUAAUGGACUUGACCAAUGUGGCGUGUCUCAUGCCCCAUGCGAGACGCGGACCAGCCAUCAGGUCCGUGGCCACCCUGUCAUCCUCGGACUUUCUCUGUCGCUACGAAACCCACUGUUUUGCUCUUUGCCACUGCUGUGACUUCGAUGCGUGCGAUUGCGAGAUGACAUGCCCCAACAAUUGCACCUGCUUCCAUGAUACCACAUGGAAUGCCAAUGUUGUGGAUUGCGGAGGUGGUGGGCGACGUCAUGGGCGGGAGUUGCUGAAGAAGGUGCCAAUGGAUGCAACAGAGCUCUAUCUCGAUGGUGCUGACAUUGAGGAAUUGCAGAAUCACGCAUUUCUCGGUCGCAAAAAUCUCAAGGUGCUCUAUCUAAAUAAUUCCAAUCUUGCCCUUAUGCACAAUCGUACAUUUGCCGGGCUAACCGCCCUCACCAUUCUCCAUCUUGGUGACAAUCAACUACGCUCCCUCCAGGGCAGUGAAUUCGAUGAUUUGGUUAAUCUGCGUGAGCUAUAUUUGCAAAAUAAUCGCCUACGUACGGUGACCAAUGCCACCCUGGAGCCACUCCGUGCUCUCCGUGUGCUUCGCAUUGAUGGGAAUCAACUUGUAUCUUUUCCACUGUGGCAAUUGCAGACACCUCAAUUUCAGCACCUCCACUCCCUUGCCCUGGGGCGGAACUCAUGGAAUUGCAAAUGUCGCAACCUCCAGGAGCUCACGGCAUUCGUUGCGGACAAUGCGGUGAUUAUUCAGGAUUCCCAGGAUAUCUACUGUAUUGACCCCACUGGGGUUAAGCGCACCCUCGACCUCAAUGCCACAUCCAUUUGCAGUGAUUUCUACGCUAUCGGUUCCAUGAUGAAUGACAGUGUAUUCGGAAACUACAUUCCCCUCAUGAUUGGCUGUGCCGUCAUUACCAUACUCAUCCUCCUCCUGGCCCUCAUCUAUAUCUUUCGCGAACCCGUACGUGUGUGGUUCUUCACACAGUAUGGUGUACGCGUGACUGGGGCACGAUGUGAGAAGACUGAAAAGCUAUAUGAUGCUCUGGUGCUUCACAGUACGAAGGAUAGUGAAUGGGUCACGCGGGAAUUGGCGCCAGAACUCGAACGUGGUCGCCCUGGGUUGCGCCUCUGUGUGCAACAUCGUGAUCUCGUACAGGAUGCAACGUAUCUUCAGCUAUUGGAAGCAGCUCAUGCAUCCCGACGUGUUGUCUUGGUGAUUAGUCCAAAUUUCCUUCAGACUGAAUGGAGUAGAAUUGAUGUGCGUCACGCGGUGCAUGAGUCUGUUAAGGGGCGCCCGUAUAAGUUGGUGAUUAUCGAGGAGAGUGAUGUCUUCUUGGAUGCUGCUGCAGAUUGUGAGCUCUUGCCAUAUCUCAAAACGACAAAUGUUCGGAGGGUUAAGAGGCUGGAGCAGCAAUUCACGGAGAAAUUGAGGUAUGCCCUACCAGCGGAAAGUAUUCAACGGCGGGGCAAUAACUACACUCUAGACCAUCAUGAGCGCAUUAAACAACCUGCUAGUCCGGGUGUUGUCUUCCGGCCAGCCCCACCACCAGCUUACUGUCCAGAUGGUGAUGAUCCAAAUUAUUCAUCCGCCACAACGGCUACACCAAGUCCGCGUCCGAUGCGCAAAGCCCUCCUACAUCAUCCGCAUCAUCUACCCAAUGGGAUUAUGCAGCAGGUGCACAUGGAGAAUUCUCAGAGGCCACCAUCGGAGCACAUCUACUCCAGCAUUGAUUCCGACUACAGUACCCUCGAUCGGGAGAAUAUGGUCGUGGACGUGCAUAGGCUCACGUGGCGCAGUAGUAGCAACCAUAGCCAUCAUCCACCGCAUGAUCAUCGUGUCCAGGCGUACCUCGUGUGAAAUACUCCAGCUUCCAGCCAUCGGCACCAAGGUAAAAGACUAUCUCACUUCAAUGCUCAUUUCAAGCACAACCCAGUGUAAGAGUUCCCCCACCCCCCAUAGAAAAAACCCUCGAUGUUCAACUGCUUUGAUAAGUAAGAAAAUUUCAUUUAGUUAGAAAAACUUCUACAUAAUAGCCCACCUGACUAACAUUUGAGCCAUUUGAGGUGAGUCAGACAGAGGAAGCAGAAACACGAGCGGUUGAGUUUAGAAGUUAAUGACUUUUUUCCUGGUGACAAUUCCACGUGUAAAUGUAAAUAAACUGAGAAAAUUGGACAAGACCUAAUAUACCUUCAUUAAUACAAUAAUAGACCGAAACGAGAGAGAGAGAGAGAGAAGAAAUAUUUAAAGUGGUAAUUAAAAUGUAAAAACUAAAACAAAAAGAACUUAUAUUGAUAUAAAAAAAGCUAUCAUAGACAUAAGGGAAAUAAGCUCAUACUGGAACACCUUAAUUUCAUUGAAAAAAAAAACCAUAAUGACGGGGUUAAAAAGGCGUGAGAAAUUGCAUUUGGAAGAAAGAGAGAAAAAGAGGGAAGAAAUGAGUAAAUGGAGAGGAGAAAAAAAUACAAUUUGUAAGGAAAAAAACGUAAUAAUUGUAAUUUAAUUAAUUUAUUCGUAACAAUUGAAAGGAAUUAAUAAUUGUGAUAAAUAAAUUUUAUUAUUUCCUUCCAGGAUUUUUUUUUGAUUGUGAAAAACUUUGAUUAUUUGAGGAAUUUCCAAUUUUCCUAGGGUGUCGUCACACGUUAGUUUGAUAAAAUUCUUUUGGUGCUUUUAUUGAUUUUUUUAACGAAGGGAUUUGUAGAGAAAAUAAAAAGGCCUAAUAUGUGGAUGAAAUUGGGAAUGGGUAUGUAAUGAAUAGAACGUUAAAAUUAAAAAAAAAAAAAUGAGAAGGAAUAUCUUCAAUUAAACUGUUCUAUCUGUUUAUAAAUUAAGCUAAAUAAUUCAAAUAUUUUGUUUCAAUAUAGAAAAUCUUCUUCACACUUGCGCUAACCCUUUAAACCAUCAGGAUUCAGAAAAGUUCACCAAAGAUUUUUCAUUCUUAUUCCUCAAUUGUUUCUUUUGCAAUCUGCAGAGGAAAUCGAGAAGAAUUCUUUAUUUGGAAUAAAGAAAAUUAUUUGAGAAGAUUUUUUAGGUUAAUGUCAACUACAUGCAUUUUAUGAUUUAAUAAUGAUAGUUCUGGAUUAAUGGAGUUUACGUACACAGAUAUAAAGCUCUUCAAUGUGAACAAUAUAAAUUAGAAAACUUAAAAGCAUAGAAUUAGCUUUCUCGCCAUAAACUUAAUUUGCGAGAAAAUAUUAAUGUCACUUCUCACGCUCUCUUCUAACUGUCAACUGUCAGACACUAGAACCCAUUGAUCCUGACGUGUGACACCACCUUUUUUUUUCUUCUUCUUGGAAAAAAAGAAGAACCUUAAGUGUGUGCAAAGAACAACAUACAGCGAAAUUCCACAAUUUAAUGUAAUUACUUGUGAGAAGUUGUGUGAUGGCGAAAAAAGACAGCCAUACACGGGGAGUGAAAGACAUUACAAUAAUGUAUUAUGUAAUUGCUAUGAUAUUAAAAUCUCUUACACAACAUAUCAAUUUUGAGCCAAUCUCAAGACACACCAAGAAUCCAUUCCAAAGUGUUUACCGUGUAUUAUGUAUUUGAAAAGUAUCACAACGCUUAGUUUUUUGCGAAUGCAAAUGGAGAAAAAAUUUAUUUCAUUUCACAUAGGGAGGUGUAUACAAUUGGUGUCAGCGGUGGGGUCACUUCAAACAGGGGUUAGAGUUGGAUUUUCCGGGGGUUGAUUUAAAACAAAGAAUCAAAGGUGUAAAUGGUAAACACUUGUGUAUACAUAAUCUAUGAGAUUUGUGUAUUUAAUACGAGACAGGAAAUCAAUAAUAAAUUUCGGUGUUUGCAUUAAUAUAGCAUUAAUGUUGCUGUACAUGCGAAGAAGGGGGAGGGUGCCAUUGCAUGGCUUUUCCACCAUGAUGUACGAGCACAAGUGAAGGGCCAAAUGUAACUCAAUGAUGACAGGGCAAAACUGUGCAAGAGGGGUGCUUUUCAUGCUAAACCUAUUUAUUAUUUACAAUUUAGCAUUAUGCAUUUUUUAUGUUCUUCACCUUAUUUGAUACUUCCAUUAAAGAUACUCCGAUUUCCAUAAAGAAAUAGAACAAAAGAGAAUUUUUAUCGCAUUUCAAUUGAGUUAAAAAAGGUAAAAAUUUACCAGAACAGAAAUUAAUUUAAAAGAUGCAUUUUAUAUUUAAAUUUAAAACUUAUGUGAAGGACAAAAUUGGACACUUUGACCAUAGAAGUUCUGCCAAAUAAAAAUCUCAUUUUAUUAUGGACAAAUAAUUUUCAAAUGACAAAGAAAAAAUAAUUUUGAGAGAAUCAAUCCCAUAACCUAAAUAAUUCAUACAAAAAUAUUUUUUUGACAUGGCCACUGUGGUCAAUUUCGUCUUCCUCGAAUUAUUUUCAUUUUUUACCCCAAUUCAUUUUUUGACAAAUGAAACAUUUAUAACAAUAGAAAUUUUCAAUGUAUUAAGAGACAAAAAAUACACAAGAUAGACUUCUUGAAACAAAACAAUUAUAUGGAAAAUAAGUUGUGGUGUUGUGUCCUUUUCAAACAUAAAUAUUUAUUUUAAUUUGCUCAUUUCGUAUGCUUAAUUUAUAAUAAUUCAAUUGAUGCAUUUUUGAUAUGAUUGGAUUUUUGGUUACCAUAAAGACAGUAUAAAUAUCAAGUGGAAAAUAGGGUGAAUCGAGUCACUUUCUUUUCUCAAUUUAUUAAGACAUUUUUUUUUUAUUUUAACGGUUGUUGAGACUAAUUAAAAAAUAAAUAAAUUAUUCUCUAAAAUAGGAAAGAAACUUUUCCUGUGAUUCUAUUCACCCCUUUAGUCGUAUAAAUAUAGUAAAAACAUAUAUUAUUCAAAGAAAUUUUCUCUCUCAUCGUUGAGUUUAUUUUCUGAUAAAAUUGAAAGCUUAAUUUGGGGUAUUCAUUUGUAUAAAAAGAGGACUUUAUGCACAAUGUAUGGAGUUAGUUUUUUAAAUUACAAUACUUCACAUUAUCCCCUUUUUGAAUAGCAGAAAAGAUAAAUGCGAAAUAGUAAAACUUUGUGAAAAUGCCGAAAGAACAUUUUUAUUUACUUCUGAAUUUUUUAUUGGGAAAUAUUGUCUUCUUUAAAAGUUCUAAGAAAUUUAAAGGAAAAAUUAAAAAACUUUAUUGGAAGAAAUUAACUUCGUUCUGUAUAACGUCCUUUGUGAAAUUUUCAUUUUUCUCUGAAUAAAAUGGUUUAAAAGAAAACUUAUUAAAUCUUUUUUUUUUUAUCUAAAAAAGAAAUUCAAAAGGUAAAAAAAAAGUAUAACAAAGUAAAUAAUGAACACCCCUUUGAUUUUAUUUCCUUAUAGAAUCAAAAGUGAUAUUGCAGUUCACACUAAAAGUAAUUCAAUUAAUUUCCCGAAAAUAAUUCCAUUUUAUUUGAUUUAAAAGCAAAAUGAAAUUCAUGAAUAAAGCACAUAUUCUACUUUUUUUUUAUAAAUAAAACUCAAUGGAAAAUCCUGCAAGGAUCGAUGUUUUCUGCUCCAAAUAUGAACUUUGUGAAUAAAAAUAAAAUUGAAUGUGCCGAUAUGUGGUGGGAGGACAUGAUUCAUUGUUAAAUGUGAAAAAAAAAUGAAACAGUGUAAUAGCAUUUAAAUAAAAUAUAAUGUGAAUUAUCCAAAUAAAAGAAAAGCAUGAAAAGCGCAUGAUAAGCAAGUUGUGACAUAAUCAAUUGACUGAUACAUUUCAAAUAGAGAUUUUACUCUGAAAGAAAAUAAGUAAAAAAAAAACGUGCUUGAAACCGCAUCGAUAUGUGGCUAUAAUGAGAAAAAUAAAUAGUAUUGAAGGCAGAAGUUAGGAAGAUGUAAAUAAAUGGUGUAAAAAAAAGCUUCUCAAUUAAUUAAUGUAAAUAGGUAAAUGAUAAAAAUUAGUGUAAAAAAAACUACAUUAGAUAAUGAAAAGAAAGAGAAAAAAAAUUAAAAGAGAUAAAGAGAAAUUAUUUAAGGGUCUCUUAUAGUUUUUAAUUGAAACUUUCAAGAAAAGACAUUGUAAGAAUUUACUCAUUAUACAUUAAAUUACUCAAGUCUCUUUUUGUCUCUAAUUUUUUACAUAUUAUACAUUAAAAUAUAUUUACAGUAUAUAUAUCUAAAAUCUAAA